GAGCUGCAGCGGCCGCGCAAACCCGCGCAUAUCCCGUCAGUGCGUUGGUCUCCAGAGAGGGGAGCGCGCGGGAUGAUCCAAUUGGACCCUUUCAGGGAACGGAUAUCUGCCUUUUUCAUUAAAAAUAAUCUGAAUUCUAAUUGCUGCAGGAGAUCUUGUUUUCCUCCACACAGGUAACCUGAUACUGGUUUGGAAAGAAGGAGAGGAUGGAGGACAAAUGAAAAGAGAGUCAAAGAGGGAUCACCGGGAUUCUUUAUCCACAAUGGGAGUUGCUUGUUUGUCCGGUUUGUGACUUGAAUAUAUAGAAUAAAGGGAGUUUAGCCGAAGCCCAGCGGGAUCCACAACAGAGUUUUGUCCUGUCCCGGUAGAAGAGCUCAUGGCUGGACUCUAAACCAGACACUCCUUCGCUUCGUUAGUCGUUUUCCUGAACUGCCGUCUUUUCGUCAUGGAGAAGACGUACUCAUUAACAGCCCAUUACGAUGAGUUCCAGGAGGUGAAGUACGGGGGUCGCUACAGCAGCGACAUCCUGAGCAAUGGCAUGACCCUUCACCUUGGGGGCAGUCUGGACCGUCACAUGGGGCGGGGACGGGGAGGGACCUGGUCUAACGGUAAGAACAGAGAUCUGAGCAGCACCAGCAGCAGCGGGGGUCUUCCUCGAUGGAGCCGGAGGGAGAUCUGCCUCCUCUCCGCCCUGGUCUUUGCUGCAGGCAUGUGUGUCAUCCUGGGAAGCAUGCUGGCCCUCAAGUACAUUUCUCUGGACUCCCCGCUGGACACUCAGUGCAGAGAGGACUGCCAGCGAAAGCGCUCUCUUCUGCGGGCUGCUCGAUUCGUCCAGGCCAACAUCGACCCCACCAUCCAGCCCUGCCAGGACUUCUAUUCCUUCGCUUGUGGAGGCUGGCUGAAGCGCCACGGCAUCCCUGAGGACAAGCUCAGCUACGGCAUCAUCACAGCCAUAGGAGAACACAAUGAGGAGAAGCUACAGCGCCUCCUCCUGGAGCCGAUUCGCAGAAGCAGCCCAAACUCGGCAGAGCGCAAAGUCAAGGAGUUCUAUCGAUCCUGCGUCGACAUCCAGAGGAUCGACAAGCUGGGGGCCGAACCCAUGUUGGAGCUGCUGGACAGCUGUGGGGGGUGGGACCUGGUGGGAGCCCCUCCGAGUGCAGCUGGGUGGGUGCAGGAGGGCGCCCCACAGAGGCCAGACUUUGAUGAGCUGCUUUACAGGACACAAGGAGUCUACAGCACAGCUGUCUUCUUCUCCCUGACCGUCAACGUGGAUGACAAAAACUCAUCCAGGAACGCCAUCAGGAUUGAUCAAGAGGGGCUCACACUGCCAGAAAGGAGUCUGUACUUGGGACAAGAUGAGGAGAGUGUCAAGAUCCUGGCGGCAUACAAGGCUCUGAUGGAGCGUCUGCUGAGCAUGCUGGGAGCUCACAAUGCCACACAGAAGUCCAAGGAGAUCAUACAGCUGGAGACUCGACUGGCCAACAUCACUGUGUCAGAAUACGAGGACCAACGAAAAGACAUCAGCACCAUGUAUAACCGCAUCACCCUCAGGGAGCUACAGCACAUCGCUCCUAAUCUUCGCUGGAAACAUCUGCUGGACAAAAUCUUCCACGACAACUUCUCCGAGGAUGAGGAAAUCGUGGUGCUCGCCACUGACUAUAUAAAGAAAGUCUCCAACAUCAUCAGGACCACAUCAAAGAGAGUCCUCCAUAACUACAUGCUUUGGCGCAUCGUGGCGGCGUUGAGCGAGCACCUGUCCACGGCCUUCCGCAGCACCAUCCAUGAGUUUUCCCGGGAAAAUGACGGCACGGAGCACCAGCUGGAGCUGAGCAGGCUCUGCCUCACGCAGACCAACAAACACUUCGGCAUGGCCCUGGGAGCCCUGUUCGUCCAGCAGCACUUUUCCUCACAGAGCAAGGCCAAGGUGCAGGAACUGGUUGACGACAUAAAGCAUUCCCUGGACCUCCGGCUACACGAGCUGGACUGGAUGGAUAACGCCACCAAGCAGGCAGCGCGAGCAAAGCUGAAGCACAUGAUGGUGAUGACGGGAUAUCCAGACUUCCUGGUCAAACCUGAGCUCAUAGAUCAGGAGUAUGGGUUUGACGUGAACGAGAAGACCUACUUCAAGAACAUCCUCAACAGUAUCAAGUUCAACAUCAAGCUGUCAGUAAAGAAGAUCCAUGAAGAAGUUGACAAGACUGCAUGGCUUCUCCCCCCACAGGCGCUUAAUGCCUACUACCUGCCUAACAAGAACCAAAUGGUCUUUCCUGCCGGCAUUCUUCAGCCGACUCUUUACAACCCUGAGUUUCCACAAUCUCUGAACUAUGGAGGAAUAGGAGCCAUCAUCGGUCAUGAACUGACACAUGGAUAUGAUGACUGGGUGAUGCAAUGGUUCAUGUUCUUAGGGGGUCAAUAUGAUCGCCACGGAAACCUCAAGCAGUGGUGGACCGAGGAGUCGUACAGAAAGUUCCAGAAGAAAGCCGAAUGUAUCAUGGAGCUCUAUGAUAACUUCACAGUGUAUAACCAGAAGGUUAAUGGCCGUCAGACUCUAGGAGAGAACAUCGCAGACAUGGGAGGGCUGAAGCUGGCGUACUCCGCCUAUCAGAAGUGGGUUCGGGAACACGGUCCAGAGAGACCGCUGCCCGGCCUCAAAUACACUCACGAGCAGCUGCUCUUCAUCGCUUUUGCACAGAACUGGUGCAUGAAGAGACGAUCUCAGUCCAUCUACCUGCAGCUGCUGACUGACAAACACGCUCCAGAGCAUUACAGGGUGAUCGGCAGCGUUUCCCAGUUUGACGAGUUUUCCCGGGUUUUCCAUUGUCCGAAAGGUUCUCCCAUGAAUCCUGCCAGCAAAUGCUCCGUCUGGUGAAUUUGGCAGCACUUGAUGAAUCUCAGUUUUUAUUUUCACACCCAAAUAUUUCUCUUCACUUCUGGAUCCUUCUCUGCAAUGACCUCCAGAGCCUCUGGAGGCAACACUGAGUUGGUUCAGGCUCCACCAGUGACUGCUGUCAUACUUUUAGUUUGGAUAGUACCAGUUUGAUGACAGAAAGCAUGGAUGAUCAUUCAUAUGGUAUUUCAUUAUUUAUAUUUUUGUAAGUUUAGUUUUAUGUUAAAAUCUAUUUUUAUAUUUGAAAGAUAUUCAUAAACAUGUGCAGGAAUCUUAGUUGUUUAGCAUUAUUUCUAGCAUUGAAUAAAAAUGAACUUUUCAUGUCCAAAAUUUGAACAUUUUCAUACUUCAUGCCAGCUGUGCCCUUCUUUGGGUUUUUUUGGAGGGUUGGACUUGUGUGGCAGUGCUGCCCUCUUGUGGCUGCAGAAGGGAAUGGUUCCUGUUCUGACUGUUGUGUUGUCUGCCUGCACCGGUCUCUCGUAUCUUUGAAUGUUUGUAAGGUUUUUAAGAUUUGUCCGUUUUUGAAAAGCAACAAAGAUGGAUUUUUUGCAGCUGACGGCGGAUCUUCAGGAUCAAUUCUUCAAAAACACUGAAGCGGGAGAUCCUCCAAACUCUAGACUUUUGGAGAAGAAGAGUUGUAAUUUUUCCCUGGAAUCACAGAAUGAACUGAUUUUUCUCUUGAAAACAGAAGAAUUCACAUCUUUGAAGGAGCGAGAACUCAACAAUUACGAUGUUUGAGUUCACAUCACGUGAUCAUUAACCUCCUCAUUACAGAACAUUCGAAGUGAAUCUAUUAUUAAAGGAGAAUCAGAGAUUUUUAUGGUAUGGCAGGUAAAAUACUUUACUUUUGAAGGAAGAAACUGCUGGAAUGAUGAGUAUUUUUACAUUUGGAGAGCUUUCUCAGAUGUUGUUGAAGUGAGUGCAUGUUUCCAUCCAUCAAAUUCCGAUUGAUAACAAUGGAGGAUGUUCCACAAACGCAUCAGUCUCAUUGUUCAGCUGCUGUCUCCUCCUCCUCCCUGUUGGUCGCUGUUUGAUGUUUGAAUAAACGCAACGGUUUGAUCUCCGUGCUGACAUGUGUGUCA